CAACAGUAGCCUGAAGCUCCUUCCUCCCGCUCUCUGUGCUAAAAGUACUCUCUCUUUGCCACUGGCUGUAGCUUUCAGAUCAGCUUCUCAAGUUAGACAUUUUCAGUUAAAUCAAACUGGAAAUUGGAUACUAUCCAAGUCUUUAUAAAUGUCUUCCUGCAUUUUCCCCUCGGUUUCUACUCAUAAUUGAGUGAGGAAACUGUUCAGAAACACUAGAAUGCAAACUCUCUGUGUGAGGAGAUUGUGGGGUUCAGGACAAGUGUCCCGGCUUGUUAAAGGUACAAACAUAAAUAGAUCUGCGGGGCGACUGCAACACACAAAGGUAAUGGAGGACGACAAGCCAUGGGCUCUGAUCUCAGGGGCGAGUGAACCAGGUUUUGUUGAAAACUUAACCCCCAUAACAAAACACUUCCAGAUCCUCUGCUACAAAGACUUCCUUCAAAACCCUCAGCUGCACGGCCCUAAAAUCCAGGCCAUGUUGGUGUGGGAUAACAUCCCUCCAACCGAUCCUUCAACUCUCCAGUUGCUUCCCUCGCUGAAGGUGGUAGCCAACGGAGGAGUGGGCAUCGACCACCUGGAUGUGCCGUACAUCAGCAGUCUGGGAGUGAAGGUGACCAACACGCCCGGGGUGGUGAGCAAUGCCACUGCAGACAUGGCCAUGGGUCUGCUUCUGGCAUCAGCUCGCAAGAUUGUUCAAUGUCACCAAAUAUCUGUUGACCCCAAGACCACUAAUCAUAAACCACAAUGCCUGAUGGGAGUUGAAGUCACAGGGUCGACUAUGGGGAUUAUAGGAAUGGGACACAUUGGCUGCAAAAUCGCUCAAAGAGGCAAAGGAUUUGACAUGAAGAUCCUGUAUCACAACAGGAACAGGAGGAGUGUUGAGGAUGAGCAGGCCGUGGGUGCAACUUAUUGUGAGAAAAUGGAUGACCUGCUGAAAGAGUCAGACUUUGUGGUGCUGGCGGUCAACCUGAGCCCUGAGACCACCGGCCUGAUUGGCCACAGAGAGCUGAACCUCAUGAAACCAACAACAACACUGGUCAACAUCAGCAGAGGUCGGGUUGUGGAUCAGGAAGCUUUGGUCAAAGCUCUGCAGUCGGGAACAAUUCUUGCAGCAGCUUUAGACGUGACUUACCCUGAACCGCUGCCAAGGGAUCAUCCUCUGCUUGGCCUACCUAAUGUGCUGAUUACCCCCCACGUUGGCACUGACACUCUUUCCACAUGUAGAAAGAUUGUGCAGAGGAUGGUAGAAAAUGCUGUGGCUGUACUGAAAGGCCAUUCUAUUCCUAAUGAAGUCAAACCAAAAUGAAAUGCCUCAUCUGUCCAUGGUUAGAAGUGUUUUAUGGUUCAUUCUUACCUGUUGAUCUUCCUAUGUUGUUAUCUGCCAUAGUUACUGUUAUUAAUUAAGAUGUAUUAAUGUAACAUUAAGAUAACUACAAUAUCAGCUAGAACUUGUUUAAUGUCACUCUUCUGUAAACCAAUGUUAGAUAUGAAAUUACAUGAUGAUGUUAGCAUUGCGCAUUACCAUUACAUUUUAAUUACGGAAAAACUGUUUUUGUACAUGCUGCAAUAAAUAAAAAGUAUAAAGCUACCUCAAA